AUGAAGUUUUAUACUUCUGUCGAUAUUCAAACCCAGCGGCUUCUUCUUCAACAAGUACAUCAACUUAUAUCGGUUCGAACUUCUGAAGAAUGCUCCUUUAUCACACCUCCCAAGCUUUUAGAGGACGUUGAAGACAUCAAGGUGAUCUACCGUCAUUAUGCAACGUUAUACUUUGUAUUUAUUGUUGACGACCAAGAAUCAGAAUUGGGAAUCUUGGACUUGAUCCAAGUGUUUGUAGAAUGUUUGGAUAAAUGUUUUACAAAUGUGUGUGAAUUGGAUCUUAUAUUUGGCUGGCAGGUGCUACAGACGGUGCUAGAGGAAAUUGUACAAGGGGGCAUGGUUAUAGACACCAAUAUCAACCGUAUAGUGGCGGCGGUGGACGAGGCCAACAGCCAGAAACUGAGCCGCCAAACGUGGUUUCUGGGAAUCAAUGCGGAGCUGUUUGGAUGGAGCGGGACCAACGGGUGGGGAAGGACAUAA